CAGAACUUCCCUGUUGUUUGAUGGUCAUAGGCUCCCAUAUCAAGCUUCUCCCUCAUCCCUGCUCCCAGCACCCUGGGGCCCCAAGCACUGCUCGACUUGGAUGCAGUGGGGCCCAGAGGGUGACUGUGCCACGCUUGGGGGUAGCCCUGUCUGUCACAGGUUCUGAGUGAGCACCGUCUUUGUGGAUCCCUAAGCACAUCUCGUGGAGAGAGGCCAAGCCAAGUAUCCAGCGGAGCCCCAUGAGCUUGAGGGCAAGCCCAAGGACACCUUAUCUCUCUCCUGACAUCCUUUCUGGUCUGACACGUGGUCGUCGUCAGUGUUAUUAAAGAGAAGACCAAGGCUGGGUUAUCACUGGAAGAAGGAAAACCGAGCAGCCAGCUGGACUAAGGGCAGGCAAGACAAGACGAAAGGCAGGGCAGCAUGAGCCGAUCACCCCCCAACGCCAUACAACUCCGAUCCGUGGGCUCCCAGAGUACCAUGGCUUCCCUGCCGCAACUGUCUGCUGUCCAAAAUCCCUCCUCUCACUCUUGGACCUCUCUGUGUGGGUCUCCUCCCUGGGGCCUCAGCUGUCUUCUGGCUCUGCAGCAUAUCUUGGUCCUGGCUUCUCUGCUCUGCGCCUCCCACCUGCUCCUGCUUCAAAGUCUCCCUGCAGGAGGACUCUCUUCCUCUCCUGCCCAGCUCCUGGCCUCCAGCCUCUUUUCAUGUGGCGUGUCUACAGCCCUGCAAACUUGGAUGGGCAGCAGGCUGCCUCUUAUCCAGGCUCCAUCCUUAGAGUUUCUUAUCCCUGGUCUGGUGCUGACCAGUCAGAAGCUACCUCUGACCACCCGGACACCUGGAAACUCCUCCCUUGUGCUGCGCCUGUGUGGGGGACCUGGCUGCCAUGGCCUGGAGCUCUGGAACACUUCUCUCCGAGAAGUGUCCGGGGCCGUGGUGGUCUCCGGGCUGCUGCAGGUCACGCUGGGGCUGUUCGGGGGUCCUGGCCACUUGUUCCCCCACUGUGGGCCCCUGGUGCUGGCCCCCAGCCUAAUUGUGGCAGGGCUCUCGGCCCACAGGGAGGUAGCCCUGUUCUGCUCUGCUCACUGGGGCCUGGCAUCGCUGCUUAUCCUGCUCAUGGUGGUCUGUUCUCAGCACCUGGGCUCCCGCCUGUUACCGCCGCACCCCUGGAGGCCAGCUUCAACUUCUCCAACCCACACUCACAUCCCUGUCUUCAGGCUCCUCUCGGUGCUGAUCCCAGUAGCUUGUGUGUGGAUCAUCUCUGCCCUUCUGGGUCUCAGCAUCAUCCCCCGGGAGCUGUCUGCCGAGGCACCGUGGUUUUGGCUGCCUCACCCAGCUGAGUGGCACUGGCCCUUGCUGACACCCAGGGCUCUGGCUGCAGGCAUCUCUAUGGCCUUGGCAGCUUCCACCAGCUCCCUGGGCUGCUACGCCCUGUGUGGCCAGCUGCUGCAUUUGCCUUCUCCACCUCCGCAUGCCUGUAGCCGAGGGCUGAGCCUGGAGGGUCUGGGCAGUGUGCUGGCCGGGCUGUUGGGGAGCCCCAUGGGCACUGCAUCCAGCUUCCCCAACGUGGGCACAGUGAGUCUUCUCCAGGCUGGAUCUCGGCGAGUGGCCCACUUGGUGGGGCUGCUCUGCGUGGUGCUUGGGCUCUCCCCGAGGCUGGUCCAGCUCCUCACCACCAUCCCGCUGCCUGUGCUUGGUGGGGUGCUGGGGGUGACCCAGGCCGUGGUUCUGUCCACUGGAUUCUCCAGCUUCCACUUGGCUGACAUUGACUCUGGGCGGAAUGUCUUCAUUGUUGGCUUCUCCAUCUUCAUGGCCCUGUUGCUGCCAAGAUGGUUUCGGGAAGCUCCAGUCCUACUGAGCACAGGCUGGAGCCCCUUGGAUGUGUUACUACGCUCACUGCUCACAGAGCCCAUCUUCCUGGCAGGACUCUUGGGCUUCUUCCUAGAGAACACCAUUCCUGGCACACAGCUUGAGCGAGGCCUAGGUCAAGGGCUGCCAUCUUCUUUCACUGCCCAAGAGGUUCGGAUGCCUCAGAAGUCCAGGGAGAAGGCUGCUCAAGAGUAUGAGCUUCCUUUCUCCAUCCAAAACCUGUGUCCCUGCAUUCCCCAGCCCCUCCGUUGCCUCUGCCCACUGCCCGAAGACUCUGGGAAUGAAGAAGGAGGGCCCUCUGAGCCAGGAGAGACAGCCGACUUGCUGCCUGGCUUUGGGGAGCAGUGCCCUGGGUCUAGCAGAGAAGAACUUAGGUCCCAGUAAUUACCAGGACUCCAGCUUCCACCUUGAUUACUUUAGCCCUAUCUCUCAGCUUGCUGGAGAGCCAGAUCCCAGGCUCUACUUUCUCCCAGGGAGAGGAUGUGUGUGUGUGUCUCACACGGGCCCACCUAAAGGUCUCAUUUCCCAACAGGUGUGUUUGCCUUUCCUUUUCUUAAUUAGGCCCAACUGUUCCAGAGCAGGGCCAUGGUUUAGUGGGCCAUGAUUGAAUGAUAUUUUGCCUGUGAACUAUCUAUACUCGAACCCCAGCAUUCACUAACUGAUAUUUAUUGUGCCUCCUAUGUGCAAGGUCCUGGAAAUACAGAUAUGGAUAAGACAGGGUCCCUGCCCUCUCAAACACUUAUGGUUUAAAAAGACAUGUAAUUACCAACUAAAAUCCAAAGCAGUCUGCA